AGAGCCUGACUUAUCUCCACUGCUGUCAUCGAGGCAGCCAGUAUUUUUAGGGGACAGCAGCAGCUGCAAAAGCAUUUAACGGUCUUCUACGAACAAUGACACUCAGGGUGUCUCAGGACUAAACGCCACAGUGAUUGUGGGACUGCUGGAGCGUUCAAAAGAAGGCAGUGUGAUAAGGCUAAAAACCUACUUAAAAAGGGGCGGGUGAAAACCUCGCCAAAAUGGGCAGGUGACACAGAAUAGUUCUUAAUGAGGAUUUUACAAACCUUAUCGAAGUGGAAAGGAUUAUUCUGAGAAAAACUACAGCUGGAAGUGGGGCCAGUGAAGCAGGAGAAUCCCGGUGCCACGGAAUGUACAUUGCAAGUCGUCUCUGAGGACUGAAGAGAGAGACUCGCUUGAUAAAGGGCUGGACAGUAAUAUUAUACCAGAGUAAGAAAGACUGAAUGCCUGUAGUCUGUCAAUCUGAGUGGUGGUUGGCAAGUGAUCAGGGAUGGAUGUCUUUGGUGGAGCCCCGCGGUUUCUGGCCUACCCUCGUCCCGUGGUCGUACAGAGCGGUACAGAUGCAGUACUAAAAUGCCAGAUUGGUGGAGACCCCAGACCUGCAGUCAUAUGGGAACGUAACAAUGAGAAAAUCCAUCGAGAAGGCAGAUACCGGGUGUUUGAAGACGGCAACGUCUACAACCUUAUUAUAACCUCAGUGACAAUAGAAGACAGCGGACAAUACAUCUGUAAGGCCAAAAACUGCAUUGGAGAGACUUACGCAGCAGCAACUUUGAAAGUAGAAGGCGAGGCACAGGAGCUGGAAUUGCGGGAGGAAAACAAACCUCGCUUUCUCAUCAAACCUCUCUCGACCAGGGUUGGACGAGGAGAAGACGCCAUGUUCUCCUGCAAGUUGUGGGGAAACCCCCGACCAGAGGUAAUGUGGGAGAAAGACGGCAAGAAGUUGAAUGAGAUCUUUGAGAGCACCCAUUUUAGUGUCAGCUAUCAAGAUGGAGGAUGGUUCCAGCUAAAGAUUUUUAAGACAAGAGCGCCAGAUGGAGGGGUGUACACGUGUAAGGCCCGCAACGAAUUUGGAGAGAGUUUGGCAGGGGCUGUGCUGUUGGUGGAUGCCGGACCGGGACAUGAGGAUGAAGGUAACCGUAAUGGUUAUACGAAUGGCCACUGGAAAGCGCAUCAGGGAAAACAGAGAAGUGGAAGGCAGGUUGCAACCAGGCUGAAAGUUGACCCACUGCCAAACACGGCCAAAGUAAAAAUGUUUGCGGUGACUGAAGGGAAGCAUGCAAAGUUUCGUUGCUUUGUAACAGGAAAGCCCAAACCAGAAAUAUUAUGGAGGAAAGAUGGGAGACUGAUCUUGUCGGGGAGACGGUAUCUGCUGUAUGAAGAUAGGGAGGGCUACUUUACACUUAAAGUUCUCUACUGCAAGCAAAAAGACAAUGGAGUUUACGUCUGUUCUGCUUCAAACACUGCAGGACAAACUCUGAGCGCUGUACACCUUAUUGUGAAAGAGCCACCUGUGCGAUUUAAGCAACCGCUGAAUGACCUGCAAGUGUGGGAGAGAGACUUGGCUGUUCUCGAGUGUGAAGUUCCUGAGGACACUAUUCCAAUCACAUGGUAUCUUGAAGACAGGAGGUUACAGCCAGGAGCCAAAUAUGGGAUGGAGGAGUGGGGGACAAAGCGUCGACUCACAAUUCGUGACAUUGGAGUUGAUGACGAUGGCAUAUAUCUCUGUGAGAUGGCUGAUGGGGGCAGAAGCAUUGCCGAGGUGGCAGUAAAAGGCACGAUUGUGAGAAAGCUGCCACGAAAAGUUGAUGUUCUGGAAGGGGAAAAUGCUGCAUUCUGCGUGGAGGUUGAAGAAGAGGAAAUGGACAUUCAUUGGUAUAAAGAUGGAACUGAGUUGAGGGAGACCCAUCAGACCAUUCUCAAAUCCUUUGGAAGAACACACAUUUUGGUCUUUGUCAACACCACACCAUCAGAUUCUGGUGUGGUCACUUUCUAUGUGGGUAGAUCAAAGACAUCAUCUCAGCUAAGGGUGAAAGCGGCAAGACACUGUCCACCAAGUUGUCCAAUUGGGGUUCAGAUAAACACCGAACGAGCAAACGCAGCUCUUCUUUCGUGGUUCCCAGCACAAGAUUCUCGAAAGAAUCCACCUUCAGGGUACAUCAUUGAGAGACAAGAGGUAGGCUCACAGGAGUGGCUGCAAUGCUUAACCACUGACUCCGCAACUUCAGUGGAAAUUCUUGGAGACAGCGUUCCAUGCGAAGCAGACUACAGAUUUCGUAUAUGCAGCGUCAAUAAAUAUGGAAGAAGUGGAAAUGUAGAGUUCCCUCGGUCAGCUCACCUUGUUCCAGUUACCAGAAUUCAAGCACCUCUACAAGAUGCGUUAGUGCCAGAAGGACAAGACGCUUGCUUUUCCAUUGAGCUCUCUGCUUCAGUUAUAGGCACUUGGUUUCUUAAUGGAAACCAGCUUCAAGAUGAUGAACGUUUCUCCGUAAGGCGUUCACGUACACACCAGUCCCUACGCAUCCGUGGGGUACGAGACGCAGACAAUGGAGCAGAGAUCACAUUCAUUGCCUAUGGAAUUCGGGAUUCGGCUGCUCUGUACAUACAAGCUCCAUUGGUAAAAUUCACUCCACUUUCUGAAAUGGAUCGAAACAAGUUUGUGGAGGUUGGCAACCCAAUAGUGCUCUACUGUGAGCUGUCAGACCCAGAGACCCCAGUUCGGUGGUAUAAGAAUGGUGUUGAACUUUAUUCAAUAGAAGGUCUUCAGAUUCAGUCAGAAGGAACCAUGAGAAGGAUUGUCAUCCAAUCAGCUGAUUUCUCACACUCGGGAGUUUACAGCUGUGAUGCAAUUGAUGAUGUCAUCCGGUUUAAUGUUGAGGUUGAGGCCCCACCAGUGAGGUUCUCAGUGCUGCCAGAUGUUGAGAGGAACAAGUCCUUUGAAGUAGGAUCAACAAUGGCACUUCAAUGUGAGCUCUCAGAUCCACUCGCCCAGGUAUCCUGGUACAAAGACGGGGCAAAACUCCUGCCACAAAAUGGACUAGACAUCAAAUCCAAAGGCACAAAGAGGGAACUGACUGUCCAAUCAGCUGAAUUUUACCACUCAGGGGUUUACAGCUGCAAGACAAGGGGUGAUGCCGUCCACUUCAAUGUGGAGGUUAAAGCCCGUCCUGUGAGGUUCUCAGCUGUCCCCGAUGUAAAGCGAAGAAAGUGCGUCGAAGCAGGCUGCCCCAUUGUUCUGCAGUGUGAGGUAACAGACUCGACUGCACAGGUCCACUGGUACAAAGACGAGGAUCAGCUCCUCGUAGAACCUGAAGUAGACUUCAGAUCAGAUGGGGGCAUGAGAUCGUUCAGUAUUCAUUCAGCACAACUGUCUCAUGCCGGUGUGUACACCUGCAGAACAAAGGAUGAUGUCAUCGAGUUUCAUGUGGACGUCAAAGCUGCACCAGUGAGGUUUUCAGCUGUUCCAGAAGCUGAGAAGAAUGUAUGCGCUGAAGCCGGUGGCCACUUUGAACUCUGUUGUAAGGUCUCAGACCCUACAGUCCAUGUCUGCUGGUUCCACAAUAAUAUUCCGCUUCGGCCAGAGACUAGUUUGGAUAUUCAGUCUGAAGGUGAUGUAAGGACACUGACAGUGAGGUCAGCUGAGCCCAGUCAUUCUGGAUUGUACCGUUGUGAAACACCUGAUGAUUCUGUCCAGUUCACUGUGGAUAUCAAAGGAUCACCUUUAGACCCACCAGUGAUGUUAUCAGCCUUACCAGAGACUGUGAAGAAUCAGCUGGUUGAAGCAGACUACUCUACUGAUUUACAAUGUGAGGUCUCAGAUCUACGUGCCAAGGAGUGUUGUUACAAGGAUGGUGUUGAGCUUGUCUCAAAAAGUCUGCCUCAUAUCAAAUCGGAGUGUACCAGGAGGACGUUAGCUGUCAAGACAGCACAGCCCUCUAGCUCUGGAUUGUACGACUGUGUGAGAACGGGUGAAGUCAUCCAGUUUAAUGUGCAAGACCAAGUGCCAGCAAAGACAUUUAUGGUGGUUCCCGAGGAUGAGAAGACCAAAUGCACUGAAGAAACAGAAUCUGUUGCACUACAUUGUGAGAUCUCAGAUUCCACUCCAUACGUCCACCAGGAAAGAUUUGAGGAGAGUGUCAUACUUCCUCAGAAUGCAACUGAAAGUGAACCAGUAGUUUGCUCAGAUGCAUCCAAAGGAAAGCUAAUUGCCAAGUCACCAGAGAAAUCUCUUUAUGAAGUAAACAGCCCAAAGGCAUCAGAUGUUCUCAUCCAGUUUGAAAUGGACCAAGCAGAACUGUCUCACUAUGAGGUGUACAGUGGUGAGACCUAUGAAGCCCCAUGCACUGUGGAUAUAAAAGAAGAGUUUCUGAGACAUUCAGGAUUGGAACACGAGGACGAUAUCAGAUGUGAACCACAGAACAAAAAGCUUGCAGAUGGAAGAAGUGGGAAAAAAUCUGAAACUGAGAGGGACACCUCAGUCUCCAUUCCUACAACAUACAGAUUUAUGGAUGAGGAACCACAGCUACAACCAAUGAAACAGAGAAAUAUUUCCAUUUCUCAUGCUGAAGGCUCAAGCCACCUGAAAAAUCGUGAGAGUCCUGUGGACUGUGAUGUCUUAGCUUUUAAGGUGGAUGUUGAAGCUUCGAGGAUGAACUCUACACCAAUUUGUAAAAUGGAUGAGAACUUGACCAUUGAUGCAGUCAGUUCCAGUGUACAGCUAACUGAGAACUCUAAACAAAUGACCCAAGACAAAUCUAUAUCUGGCCAACAAGACGGGACAAAUAUAAUAUUCCAUAAUCCCAAAGAGAAAGAGCUGAUCCAGUCAUCAGAGAUGUGUCUCAGGGCGACGUGUGAACAAGUUUCAAUGACUGAUACAAAGGAUCAAUCCAUUGUAUAUCAAGAGGAAGAAAAAGAUGACUUGUCUCCUCAACCUGAAGAACCUGGUCACAAAGAAGAUAUAUUUACACAACCAUCUAAAACUAAAGUGGUCAGACCGACCGAAGGUCAUUCUCCAGUUGACUGGAGAGUCAGUCGACUUGAUUCUCCAUUGAAGGAUGAAACACAAUUGUACUUUGAAAAAGGACGUGAGAUUGAAUCUGAGGAUGGCACGCAAAAAAUGAUUGUUCCAGACUUUGGUCAUUCAGGGCCAGGGGUAUAUGACUACAAGACAAUGGAUGAUGACAUAAUAUUUAAGGUGGAUGUCAAAGCUACAUCGCUGCAAAGUUCUACUAUCCAUGAGAUCGAGUGGAGCAAGUCAAUUGAUGAAAAAGAUAUAGCUAAUUAUCCACAACCCGAGCUAUCAAGCACAAUGGCAGAGGUAAGCUGGUACAAAAAGAGUGAGGAACUCUUCCAACAUGACAUUGUACCCAAAUCUGAGGAGACUUUCACAGCUCUUGCUGUCAAAUCAGCUGAACCAUCUCACUCUGGACUACAUGCUUGUGAGAUGGAUGAUGUCACCACCCGCUGUGCAGUGGACCAACCAGCUCCAUCAGUGAAGUUCUCCAGUGUCCCUGAGGUUCAACGGAGCAAAUGCACUGAGACUGGAAGACCCUUUAUACUGCAAUGUGAGGUCUCAGACCCUGGUGCACAAGUCUGGUGGUACAAAGACGGUAAUGAGGUGCUGCCUCAAGAUGGUAUGAUCACUUUGUUUGAUGGAGCAGCGAGAACCCUCUCUGUGGAAGCUGCUGAAUUAUGUCACGGUGGAACAUACAGCUGCCAGACAAACAAUGAUAGCAUCACAUUCCAUGUGGAAAUCAAAGCGCCACCAUUGAAGUUCAUACCAGUCUCAGAAGUGGAAAAGAGCAAGUCCAUUGAAGUAGGCUCACCAAUUGUUCUGAAAUGUGAGCUCUCAGAUGCCAAUGCUCAGGUUUUCUGGUGCAAAGAUGGUACAGAACUGUCUCCAAACUCUGAGCUUGAUUUUCAAAGAGAUGGAAAUAUGAGGCAACUAACUGUUCAAUCUGCAAAGCAGUCUGAUACGGGACACUACACAUGUCACGUUCCAGGUGAUACCAUAUCAUUCAAGGUGCACGUUCAAGCUCCCCCUGUUAGGUUCUCAGAACUACCAGAAAUCGCAAGGAACAAGUUCAUUGAAGCGGGAUGUCCAAUUAUACUCCAGUGUGAAAUCUCAGAUGCAACUUCCCAAGUUUGCUGGUUCAAAGAUGGAGUCCAACUCCAACAACAAACUGGACUUGACAUCCAAUCAGAGGGCACUAUGAGGAAAAUGCUCAUCCAAUCAGCUGAGCCCAAACACUCAGGCAUAUACAGCUGUGAGGCUGUGGAUGAUCGCAUAGCAUUCAAGGUGGAUGUUGCAGUUCCAUCAGCGAUGUUCUCAGCUGUUCCUGAGACUGAGAAGAACAAGUAUGUUGAAGCAGGCUGCCCAGUCAUUCUCCAAUGUGAGAUUUCUGAUCCUUCAGCCCCGGUCCAAUGGUACAAGGAUGGAUCACAGCUCCUCCCUCAGCCUGGUGUUUACAUCCAAUCAGAGCGCACCACGCGGGCACUGGUUAUCCAAUCAGCAAACUUAUCCCACUCUGGGUUUUACAGUUGUAAUACAGCUGAUGAUAUCAGCGAAUUUUUUGUGGACAUUAAAGCACCUCCUGUGACAUUUGCGUAUAUCUCAGAAGACGAUUUGCACAGAAAUAUUGUGGAACAAGACAAUCUUCUCCUUUGUUGUGAGGUAUCCAGAUCAGAUGCUGCUGUACAAUGGUACAAGGAUGGAGUAGAGAUAAAGUCGAGCGACAAUGUCCUUAUAGAGACAGACAAUGUUGUACGAAGGAUGAUCAUCCAGUCAGCUCAGCUCUCAGAUUCUGGUACAUACACCUGUCGUGCUGGAGAUAAUGCCUUAAUAUUUAAGGUUAACGUAAGAGAACCUCCAGUGAUGAUUGUAUAUCCCAAGGAAGACGUCCACCUUGAUCGUCAUGUUCCUGAGGAAAUCGUCCUCAGCUGUGAACUUUCACGACCAAAUGGAAAAGUGACAUGGUACAAAGAUGGACAAAAACUGCAGGAGAGUGAAAACAUUAAGUUAAAGACUGAAGGUCCGUACAGACGACUGAAAAUUCUGCGCAGUGGUAUUGAGGACUCUGGAGAAUAUGUGUGCGAUACAGCUGAUGAUUCAAUAUUCUUCAAUCUAACCAUAAAAGAACCUCCAGUAAGCAUAGUUUCUCCAAGCCAGUCCCAAAUGGAACUUUGCCAACAGACAUCAGAAAGGAUGGUGCUGAGCUGUGAAAUCUCCAGACCCAAUGCUGCCGUGCGCUGGUAUCGUGAUGGACUCGAAGUGGAGGAGAGCAACAGUUUAAUCCUGGAGAUUGAUGGAGUCUACAGAAGACUAAUUAUUCCGAAACCUACAGUCAAAGACUCUGCAGAAUAUGUUUGUGACACAGCUGAUGACUCGGUCACCUUCUUUGUCAACAUUGCAGAACCUCCAGUUAGAUUUAUUCGUCCGAGGAAAAUGGCCUAUGGAGUAGAGAAACUGGUUGGAGACACUGUGGUGCUUGAGUGUGAAGUGUCUCGAUCAAAUGCUGAAGUUAGCUGGAAAAAGGACGGAGAAGAGAUUGAGGAGAACAGCAAUAUAACUAUCACAGAAGACGGUGCAAGUCGACAAUUAAUCAUUCACUCAGCAGUGUUAGAAGAUGCGGGCCAAUACGUCUGUGAUGCCAGGGAUGAUGUAAUGGAUUUCCUUGUGAAGAUCAAAGAUCCACCUCUGAAAAUUGUACGAAAGGCUGACAUCAAGACAACACAGAAUUUUCUAGUAUCGGAUGCUAUUGUGUUGAAGUGUGAGAUCUCAAAAGCGAACGGCGUGGUCACUUGGCUUAAAGACAAUGAGAAAAUUGAGGGAAAUGAUCAUUUCAUUUGUGAAGCAGAAGGCACAUUCAGAUCUUUGAUUGUCCUCAGCGCUGACUUUAAGGACUCAGGGGAGUAUGUUUGUGACACGGAGGACGAUAAGGUCGUCUUUAGUGUUACUGUAGAAGAGGCUCCAGUGUUCAUUGUUGGGAAUUCAGACAAGCCAGAACACCACAUUUUAAACACAGGUGAUGACCUUAUACUGCAGUGUGAAGUAUCUCGAGCGAAUGCUACAGUUCAGUGGUCCUGCAAUGGAGAUUUAAUACAUGAGGAUUCUCGCACGUGGUUUGAAAACAGAGACACAACGUGGAAGCUUGUGAUAUCAGAUCUUCAGACCUCUGACUCUGGACAGUAUCUCUGUGAUGCCAUUGAUGACAAAAUGAUAACUAUGGUAUCGGUUCAAGAACCACCAUUCCAAUUCAUCAAAAAAGAUGAUCGAACAAACAUUUCAGCCUAUGAAGAAGACAGUGUAACACUACGCGCCACUGUUAACAGAGUCAAUGCCCCUGUAAAAUGGCAGAAAGGCCAUGAUCCAAUCAGAGGUGAUCGGUUCCACACCACAAGUGAUGGAAAAACCCAUUACCUCACCAUUAACCCACUCAAAAGAUGUGACAGUGGAGGGUACACAUGUCAUGUAGGAUCCGAUGAGAUGCACUUCAGUCUCAAUGUUAAAGAUAUGAAGGUGAAAUUCUCCAAACCACUGGAAAAUGUAGUGGGACUCAAAAGUUGCAACGUGGUUUUGAAGUGUGAACUGCAUAAGUCGAAAGGAGAUGUUCAGUGGCUGAAGGACAACCAGGAGAUUGUGCCAAAUAGACAUUUUACAAUCAGGGCGGAGGGUCGAGUGAGAAGCCUCACAAUACACAAUGUAUCAGAAGAUGAUGCGGGAGAAUAUGCUUGUGAAUCCAAAGAUGAAAGGACAUCAGCUAAUAUAGCGGUCAGCAUUCCUCGCAUUGUGGAGUUUAUUGCGGAGCUACACAACAUUACUGUCAUGGAAGGAGAAGAUGCCACAUUCAAGUGCGUGGUGUCUCCAGAGGAUGCAAAGUUGGCUUGGUUUAAAAACGGCCAGCCAAUUUCAUCAAAUGAAAAGUUCCACGUUUCAAGUAAAGGAUUAUGCCAUAUGCUGCAUAUCAGAAACUGCCAGGUCUCAGAUAGCUGCAAGCUAACUGCUGAAGCUGAAGGUGUGAUUUCCAGAGCUGUCCUUCAUGUCCAAGAGGCACAGGUGGUUUUCACAAAAAGCAUGGAGCAGGUGGUGGCAGAAGAGUACGGAGAUGCCACACUGGAGGUGGAGGUCAGCCAUGAGAGUGGGGAGGUGCAGUGGAUGAGACAAGGAGUGGUUAUACAUCCAGGGCCCAAGUUCACCCUGAAGCAAAACGGCCAAAAACGUUCUCUCACAAUCCACAAGCUCGCCCUUUCAGACCGGGGCAUGUACAGCUGCGAGACACUCCAUGAUCGCACGCAAGCCAAGCUUAGUGUGGAACCACGAAAAAUCAAGAUCCGAAAGGGUCUAACUGAGAUCCAGACUUAUGAACGAGAGACUGCUUCUUUUGAGGUGGAGCUCUCGCAUAGCAACGUAGAGGCGCUGUGGCAGAAGGAUGGACACGAUCUCAAAAGCAACAACCACUUCCGUAUGACUGCAAAAGGACGGGUGCACAGCCUUACCAUCUCUAACCUAACCUUAGACGACACUGGCUCCUACACAUUCUCUGUUGAGAAUGUCAGAUCGUCAGCAAGAUUGAUUGUCAAAGAAAUCCCAGUAUCAAUUUUGAAAAAGCUUGAGGAUAUCAGGCACCCAGAAGGCUCCGGGGUGACCCUUGAAUGCGAGCUGUCACGACAUAAUGUAGACGUAAAGUGGACGAAGAAUGGAGUUCAGCUCAAGCCAGGAAAGAAUCACAGGGUAUACUCAAUGGGAAGAAAGUGCUUUCUACAGAUACCGAAGUGUGAACUGGGAGAUUCUGGUGUAUAUAUGUGCGAUGCUGGGGAUGCCAAAACAUCCUGUUCAGUGGAUAUCUAUGAAAGGGAGCUUGAGGUAUUGCAGGGCUUAGAGGAUCUGGAUAUCCAAGAAGAUCAGAAUGCUGUGUUCAUGUGUGAAGUGUCCUUGGAUGAUGUUCCUGGGGAGUGGUAUAAAAACAAUGAGAAGAUAAAACCAACCAGCACCAUUAAGAUCCGCCAGGAAGGUACUAAGCACUUCCUCCUUAUAUGCAAUGUCAAAGGAGAGGACUCUGGGGAGAUCAAGUUUGUUGCCAAGAAUGUUGAGUCUACAGCUUGCCUUGAGGUUGAAGCACUGCCAGCGAACAUCGUGAAGCCGCUACAGGAUAAAACAGCUCUGGAGAAAAGUCGCGUCGUACUGGACUGUACAGUGACUAAUCCCCGCUGCAGUAUUCGAUGGUAUAAGGGACCUAGUGUCAUCCUGCCCUCAGAGCGCUUUGAGAUCUGCAGUGAGGGGUGUUAUCGAAAACUUGUGAUUCAGCAGGUCUUGCUAGAGGAUGAGGGCACCUAUAGCGUUCAAGUUGGAAACUACACAUCCUCAGCCAAACUUACUGUGGAAGCUCAGUCAAUCCAGAUAGUGAGAGAGCUCAAGGAUGUGGAUGUCAUUGCUCCUGCGGAUGCAUGCUUUGCAUGUGAAGUCUCUUUGCCUGCGACAAAGGCUCCUACCUGGACCCUAAAUGGACAGACGCUUCACCCCAGUCCAAUAGCAGUUAUGGAGAAAAUGGGAACCGUUCAUAGGCUGACUCUUAAACAGACGUCGGAAGACAUGAGUGGCACGCUGUGCUUUAUCAGCGGAAAAGCCAAAAGCACUGCGCAUCUGCGUGUCAGAAGUAGCCAUUGAGAAGAAGCAUACAUGCACUUGCCAACUCCGUCGCCAUUUAUAUAAAAAAGUGAGAGGUCUAUCAGUAAUAAAGUACAUUAUUAAAAAUGUCAAUAGAGAAUGCUGUUACAUAUAUUACACGUAUGUGACUAUUGCAGCUGAUGUUUGAGGCCUGCACUAACCUUAGGAAAACUAGUCUGGGUUAUAAUUGUUUUUGAAUCAUCAAAAGUAAAAAAGUGAACUAUUUCUACUAUUCAAUGAUCAAAAACCCAGACAUGUUGUUCUUUAUGUUGUUAUGACUUAAAAUUCUUGCACAGUAAUUUGGUACGGAUACAUUUGUGUACUAUAUCCUUGUAUAGAUAUAUUUUGUUGUUUUUUAAUCUUGUUUUGAGGAAUGCAGAGUAAAGGGCAGAUUUACAGCAAUUAUGUAAUAAUGCGCAGGGCCAAAGAUCACAGGAGGGUUUGGGAUGGAAAGCAGUUUCAGUAUAUGUAACUAAUACGCUACAUAAAAACAUUCAAUAGUAGAGAAACAGAGCCAUUUUCAAACAAACGAAAAAUGCUUUUGAGAGUUUAAGUUGUUUGCUUCAAGACAUAUUUCACAUAUCCAAAUAUAGUGCUGCAAUUUACCCAUGUUUAUCAGUAUCUUUCAAUAAAAUAAGCUUUAUGAAGCAUGCUUCUGGUCUUGAAUUGAUUGUCUUCUGAAUAAAUCAAAUGAUCUUGAAAGUGAUUGUAUCUAUAUAUUAUAGGAAACCAUUAUCACUACCAUUUUUUUAGUUUCGUCAUUAUUUUGUUGAUCAUUUAUUUCUGUAAAGACUCAAUAAAAGUGCUGGAAGUGUUUUUACUAUAAUACUGGAUGGAAGAUAAUCUGGGUAUUCCAGAAGAAUAUCUGCGUUUAAAAUCUACAAAAUAUUUUCCUCCCUGGAUGGUAUUUGGAGAAUGGUUGAGGUACUAAUUUAGUAUUCAAUCAAUCUAAU